AUGCUGGCGGUUCGCGGCUCGUCGACUAGCCCUCUCAUUGGGCUCUACGAAGAGGAUAGCCAUAAUGUAGUUGACAUUCCUGACUGCAAAGGUCCUCCUUUUUUGGCAUUCUUGAAUUCGUAUUCUGAAUUUGAAGUUCUUGGCUGGGCUGCUCACCAUCCGAACAUUAAUGCAGAUGUCGAGCUUCUGAAUCGAGGCAUCAUUGAAUUACAUAUAGAGCCAUAUGAUGAAGAUCAGGGGACGGGUGAAUUGCGGUAUGCGCAGGUUGCUUUGGUUUGGACUUCCAGAAAUGAAAAAUCCUCUUCUGCUUUGGCCAAUGACGCACUAAUAGCUGGGAACGUUGUGAAGCUAAAACUUCAAAAUCCAUUUCCAAGAAGUAUUGAUACUGAUGGAAUGGAUUAUGAAUUGGGAGGGGCGAUCAGUCCGUCUUUGCUCAACUUGACGUACUUGAGCGCGUCUUUUGGUGGGGCAAUCCCACGAAGUUUGGGAAACCUUUCUAGCUUGCUUUAUCUAGAUCUCAGCAAUAACUUUGUAGAAUUAGAGGGCAAGGAUUUGAAUUGGGUAUCAAGUCUUUCCUAUUUGAGAUACCUAAAUUUGGGAGGUGUGGACUUGAGCAAGGUCUCAUCUCAUUGGCUUCAAACUAUUAAUUUGCUUCCUUCCCUUGUAGAAGUACACUUGCCUCAAUGUCAGCUUCUCAACCUCCCGCCAUCUCUUCCAUCUAUUAACUUCGCAGCCCUCUCAGUGCUCAAACUUUCAAGGAAUGGCUUCAAUUCCACAAUACCUCACUGGUUAUUUAAUCUCAGCUCCCUACUGCAACUUGACCUAAACUCCAACAAUCUCCAAGGUAGGCUUCCAGACACAUUUGAAGAACUUAUUUCCCUCCAAAAUCUUGAUCUCUCACAGAAUACUUACUUAGAAGGCGAGUUGCCGCCAAGUUUAGGAAAGCUUUGCAAUUUGCAGACAUUGAAGCUUUCCAUGAACAAUAUCAGUGGUGAGGUAACUGAACUCAUUAGCGCGUUAUCAGGAUGCAAUAAAAGUAAGAUAGAGACGUUGGACUUGGGAUUCAACACACUGACAGGAAGGCUCCCUAAUUCAUUUGGAUACUUAAAGAAGUUGAGGGACCUUCAACUGUGGGAGAACAUGUUUAGAGGUUCAAUUCCCAAUUCCAUUGGAAACUUGUCUUCCUUGGAGUACUUGUACCUCUCGAACAAUGAAAUGAGUGGUAGCAUCCCUGGUAAUCUUGGGCAGCUCUCAUCAAUGAUAGUGUUAGAUCUCUCAGAGAAUUCAUGGCAAGGUGUUAUAACUGAGACCCAUUUUGCAAAUCUCUCAAGCUUAAUUAAAGGAGUUGCAAAUGACAAAAACUUCACCAAAUAUUUCAGUGAUUUUCAAAAUUGA